GCGACACGCAGGCGGAGAACGGCGGACGGUCUCAGUCUUGCCCAACGUUCGCGAGAGUUCAAACGUACACAGUAACCCGUGCUCACAGUCUCGAAAAUGGCAAGAAGUGGUGUCACCGCGUUGAGUCUGGUCUGCAUGCUGGCCCUUCUGGAAUUCGGGUCAUGCUUGAGGUGCUACCAGUGUGUCUCGGAGAACACCAGGGACUGCGCGGCAGCUACGCCCCAGAAAAAUUUGAUAGUGGACUGCGCCACGCAAGACUCUGUAAACUUCAACAGGCUGUACUUAGGCGGCAUCCUGCCACGUGACAUCGACGAUGGCGUGCUCGGAGCAUCCCGCUUCUGCCACAAGAUCGUCAUGAAGAACGGCGCCGUUGUCAGGACGUGCCUCGUCGGAGACGCUCACAACCUGAACCUCAGCUGCACCCUCAUAGAGGGCGCCGCUCGCAUCUUCACCGACCCCGCCAAGCAGAUCCAGCACUGCAGCGCGUGCGACAAGGACGAGUGCAACUCCGCCGGCGCCAUCGCCGUCUCGCUCCCACUCGCCUUCCUCGGCCUAGUGCUCUCGUACUUCGUGUCCCAGCAAUAAUAAACAAAAUA